AUGUGCUUUCCUCCACAUAAAAACCAUUUGACGUUUUUGCUGCAGGGACCAUUGUCUCCUUUAUUAUAUCACUUCAAUAUUGGAUCAAAUGAAGAUACAUUGCUUGAGUUGUCGCUGUCGAACUACGGAGUGAAAGAGCUCACAUGGGAAAAUGGGCAGUUAACGGUCCAUGGUCUAGGUGAAGGAGUCGAACCAACAACCUCAGCUAACCUUUUAUGGACCCAAGCUCUUGAUGGGUGUGAGACUUUGGAGUCUGUGGUCCACCAGGCAGCUUUGCAGAAACAGAAUGGUCACGACCACAACUCUGAUAGAAAGAAUGGAUCUUGCUCAAGAAAACGGGCGUAUCCCCAAGAAAUGGACUGUUGGUUAUCUCCUCAAGAAGAGAGUCAUAGAGUUGGUCACAGUGUGACUGCAAGUGCAAGUGGUACCAACAUGUCUUGGGCUUCUUUUGAGUCUGGUCGUAGCUUGAAGAUGGCUAGAACUGGAGACAGAGACUGUUUAUUCUCUGGAUCGGAAACUCAAGAAACUGAAGGAGAUGAACAAGAGACUAGAGGAGAAGCUGGGAGAUCUAAUGGAAGAAGAGGACGAGCCGCAGCUAUUCACAAUGAGCGUGAUAGGAUAAACCAGAGGAUGAGAACACUUCAGAAACUGCUUCCUACUGCAAGUAAGGCAGAUAAAGUCUCUAUAUUGGAUGAUGUAAUAGAACACUUGAAACAGCUACAAGCACAAGUUCAGUUUAUGAGCUUAAGAGCAAACUUGCCACAACAAAUGAUGAUGCCACAACUACCUCCACCACAAUCAGUUCUCAGCAUCCAACACCACCAACAACAACAACAGCAGCAGCAACAACAACAACAACAGUUUCAGAUGUCUUUACUUGCAACAAUGGCAAGAAUGGGAAUGGGAGGCAGUGGCAAUGCUUAUGGAGGUUUAGUUCCUCCUCCUCCACCACUAAUGGUCCCUCCUAUGGAUAAUAGAGACUGCACCAAUGGUUCUUCAGCUUCUUUAACUGAUCCCUACAGUGCUUUUCUCGCACAGACAAUGAACAUGGAUCUGUAUAACAAAAUGGCUGCAGCUAUAUACAGACAACAGUCUGAUCAGACUACAAAGGUAAAUACAAGCAUGCCCUCAAGUUCUUCAAAUCACGAGAAAAGAGAUUAGUCUACCUGAGUACUACUAUUAAGAUCAUUAUAAAAGUUGAUUGUAAAAACAAUUGUAUUUUUGAGUAUGGUAAAAACUUGUAGAGAUAAAACAACUUCCUCUUCAGUUCAGUUAUUGUCAAACUACAUGUAUAAGUCCUUUUUGUUAUUUCAAGAACAGCAAAAAAAAGAAAAUUAAAAUAUAAAUAGAUCAUAUGCUGUACAA